CGCUUCCGGGUUUUCCGCUCUUGGCGCGUAACUUGUGUUCGGGCUGUGCGGUGGCGGGUAGAAAAUAACUUUACAGGUGAGAUUUUUGGCUUCAGUUUCUGGAUGGGAUCAAAUCCAAGAACCGAAGCUCAGUAACAACCAAACCAGAGAACUGGCAUCUAAAAAUAAUCAAAGUUGAGGCCCUGAUCCUGGACGCUGGUUGAAAGUGAUUGAAUGCACUCAGGAUGAACUGUGAGCUUUUGGCAACAUGCAGUGCUCUGGGUUUUCUAGAGGGAGACAGUUAUCACAAGGAGCCGGACUGUUUGGAGGGCGUUAAAGACCUGAUCCGGUAUUUACGUCAUGAAGAUGACACCCGUGAUGUUCGACAACAGCUUGGCGAAAGCCAGAUCGUUCAAAAUGACCUCCUGCCAAUUAUUGUUCAAUACAGACAAGAAAAAGCCUUGUUUGAUGCCUGCAUCAGGCUCAUGGUUAACCUCACCCAGCCUGCCAUGCUGUGUUUUGGUAAAGUUCCAGAUGACCCGGUGUUUAGGCAUCACUUCAUGCAAGUGACAUCUUAUUUACAGGCUUAUAAAGAGGCUUUUGCCAGUGAGAGGGUAUUUGGGAUUUUAAGUGAGACUUUGUACAACCUUCUUCAACUUGACUGGGAGCAGAGACAGGAAGAGGAUAACCUGCUGAUUGAGAGGAUUUUACUGCUGGUCAGAAACGUGCUUCAUGUACCUGCAGAUCCCUGUGAAGAGAAGAAGGUGGAUGAUGAUGCCAGCAUACACGACAGGGUGCUGUGGGCCAUUCACAUGAGCGGGUUUGAUGACCUGGUCAAGUUUCUGGCGUCUGCUCAGAGCGAGCAGCAGUGGAGUAUGCACGUGUUGGAAAUCAUUUCCCUCAUGUUCAGAGACCAGACACCUGAAACGUUGGUGAGUGCCGGCCAUGCUCGCUCGGCCGAAGAGAAGCAGAGGGACUCCCAGGAGCUGGAGGCGCUGAGGCAGAGGGAACAUGCAGAGAAACGCUCUCGCACGUUACAGAGAGGAAUGAGACACUCUCGCUUUGGGGGAUCUUUUGUGGUUCAAGGCCUGAAAGCGAUCGGUGAGAAGGAUGUGAUCUAUCACAGAACCCUUAACAACUUUAAGAAUUACACCCAUGAUCUGGGGAAAGCAGUGAGACGUGUUCCUAAGAGGAACCGGCAGGCCCAGGACUGUAAGGAGAAACGACGCUCGGCCUUAAAUGUUCGGCUGUUCCUGCGAGAGUUCUGCGUUGACUUCCUGGAGAACUGCUACAACCGACUCAUGUACCUCGUUAAGGAAGGUCUAAUCCGGGAGCAGACCCAACAACACGAUGAGACCUAUUACCUCUGGGCGCUCAGCUUCUUCAUGGCCUUCAACCGGGGCAACGGUUUCCGUGCCGACCUGGUCUCAGAGACCAUGUCUAUCCGAACGUUUCACUUCAUCGAACGAAACAUUACCAAUUACUAUGAGAUGUUGCUGACUGACCGCAAAGAGGCCACAUCCUGGUCCCGCAGGAUGCAUUUAGCUCUAAAGGCUUAUCAGGAAUUGCUGCUAACUGUGAACGAGAUGGACCGCUCACCUGAUGAAAGCAUCCGUCAGAGCUCAAAUGUCAUCAAAAGUAACAUCUUCUACCUGAUGGAGUACAGGGAGAUUUUCCUGACCCUGCUGAGAAAAUACGACGAAACCAAGCAGCCUCAGUCCUACCUGAAAGACCUGGUGGAGUCGACACAUCUCUUCUUACGCAUGCUAGAGCGCUUCUGCAAAGGUCGGAAAAACUUAAUCGUACAGAAGAAAAGAGUGAGGCGGAAGAAAUCCAGAGGUAAAAAGAAGAACUCGAUUCAAGAAUCGAAUCCAGAGGUGCUGGAGGAAACCUGGAAGACUGUUGAGGAAGAGCUCAGGGCAACUGGGUUUCAGCUUUCAGCAUCAUUGACUGAAAGCAUCGUGCCCUUUGACGCCGCAUCAGAAACGCCUCUGGAGGAACAGCGAACCGAGGCCAUGAUCCGAGUGCAGGACGCUCUGCUGGCUCGAUUGGGACCUGAAGCGCUGGCAUUGCUGCGGGCCGCAAGGGAGGUAUGGCCCGAUGGAGAUGUGUUUGGUUCCUCUGAUGUAGAACCUGAAGAAGAGCUGGAGCUUCUGAAGCAGAUCUUCCACGCCAACCUGCCGAGGCCAUCUGUUGAGACUGUGGCUGAGGAUGAUUAUGAUGAGGGAGCAGAGGUAGAAGAGGAGGAGGUUGAAUCUGUCCAGCUUUCUGAGAAAGAGUUCAACUUUCUAGACUUUAUUAAAAGGUUUGCCAACCCCAGCAUUGUGCGUCCGUAUCUUCUCCUUUUGAAAACAUACUCCAAAAACACGCCGCACACAAACCACUGCAUAGCUCGGAUGCUGCACCGCCUGGCUGUCGACCUCAAGAUGGAUGCUCUGCUUUUCCAGCUGUCAGUCUUCCACCUUUUCAACAAAAUCCUCAGUGAUCCCGCUGCAGCUGCUUACAAGGAACUAGUCACCUUUGCCAAGUACGUGCUGCACCGCUUCUUUGCAGUGGCAGCUCAGAACAACAAAGCAUACGUUGAACUGCUCUUCUGGAAAAACGUGGGAGCCGUUCGCGAGAUGACUGAAGGCUACACCAAAGACGGAGAGGGAAAGAAGCCAUCAUGGACUGAAGAAGAGGAAGAGGAACUGCGAAGUCUCUACAUGAAGCACAUGGACUCUGAAGAACCAGACAUAGUGGAGACCAUCAUUCAGUCACUAAGCAACAGCAGCCGCACCCGCCGGCAGGUCGUGACUCAGCUGGUGCAUAUGGGACUCGUGGACAACGCUAAAGAACUGAAAAAACCCAAGAAGGGUACUCAGAUCGUUUUAUGGACUCAGGAGCAGGAGCUAGAGCUGGAGAUGCUCUUUGAGGAGUACAAAGAUUCUGAUGAUGUGCUGGGUAACAUUAUGAAGAAGCUCACAGCGAAGCGGUCCCGAGCACGCGUUGUGGACAAGCUGCUGAGUAUGGGCUUGGUGUCUGAGAGGCGCGAACUGUACAAGAAAAGAAGCCGCGGCGGCGGCCAACGAAAGAGCUCCGGAAAGGUCAUGACUGAGGAAGAGUUCUUGGCUGAACUAACACAAGAAUUUCCAGAUGAUUCUCUGGAUCGAGAUGAUGAAGAGGACGAUGAGUCUGAGGAUAGUGAGGAAGAUGUAAAUGAGAGAGAAAUGCCAAAACCUGUUAAGAAAAGGAUUCAAAACUUUAACCUGACCACAGAGCUCAGAGCAGACAUCAGCACCAUGGUCAGAGCUCUGCAACAGGAAGGUUUGUCUGGGCCGUUGUUGUGGCUGCAGAACUCUUUAACCAAAACAGCAAAUGACCGGGAUGAAGACAAGGUGUCCCAGCCUGUCCCACUCGCCCCGUUUUCUGAGGAGAAUGAAGAUGCGAUGGAGAACAGGAACUUCCAGAAGCUGCUGCGCAAACUGGGAAUCAGACCGCCUGAAAAUGAACAAGAAACUUUCUGGAGAAUCCCAGAAAACAUGAGUCCAGCUCAGCUUCACGGUGCAGCUGCAGCAUUAACUCCUGGAAAUGAUGAACCUGAAAACCCUACGGAGCAACAAGAGCCCAGAGAUUCAGCAGGAGAUCCCCAGGAGCAGGAAGAGGAGGACGACGAAGGGGUCUCCAGUGAACAGAGAGCUCAGGCUCUGAGAGCUCUGCUGCUGGCACGCAAUAAGAAGAGCCACACUGCAGUGGAUAAAGAUCCACUGUUAGAUGUAACUCCUGGUGGUGACCCAAACAGUGCAGCGGAGAGGUCCCAGGAGAAGAUGUCAACUAAAAGAAGCAGACCCAGGGUGUUGGAUGAUGAGGAUGAUGAUGAUGAUGAGGAGAAAGAGAACGAUUCAAGCACUGCCAUGGAUGUCGACACCAUUAAGGAUGCAGAUUCCGACGGGGAGGAUUUCUCUGCUCCCCUGAAGCGGAGGAGGAAAAUGGUCCUAAUUGAUGAUGAAGAUGAAGAUUAGUAAAAAGCUUUAAUGGACUACAAACAUGGGGGUCCCUUGAGUUACUUAAAAGGGGAUUCAGUCCUCUGAAGGUCCUGAAAGCAUACCAGAUUAUUCGAAUAACAAACAACUUGUUUAUAAUGUAAA